AAAAACCCUCAUGCAACACUAAGGUAGCAAAUUCUGGCACCAUCCACUUUAUGCCCCUGUCUCGCCCCGAAUGCGCCGAGAAAAUUGAGGACGAUGAGGAGGAGGAGGAGCGGGAAAGUAGACUUCGGGAGCAAAGACCCCUUAUCUCGCAUGGAGAAGCGAUAAAUUACUCCGAAAACACAGGAUGGGCGGUGUAGAAAGUUGCGCAUCGCGACGGGCAUAAUCGUACAACCACACGAAUACCUUUCGGAACAACAGACGUCUCCAUCAAAUCUCGUGAAUCCAACCAACCAAAUCACGAGCUACCUACGGAGUAUACCGAUUUCCUGACCUGAGGCCCAACUUCGAGGUUUGAGGAAGGUCGCUACAGCAUACCGCCCCGCGAUUCCGCGAGACCGAGGCACGCCGCUCGCCGCACCGCUCCCACUCGUUCCCCUUUCUCCCAGAGCAGCAAAUCGCACCAACCAGCCACGCGGCGGCACCACAUCUUUUCCCCCGAGCUCAUUCUGCAUCCCAUCCCGCAGCUCACCCCCCGCCGAGCUCCGUCUACCGGACACCCGACCUCCACACCCCUCGGCUCAAUCUCCCCGCAUCAUACCACGGGAGCUCUCCGUUCCAUCUAACCCGUCCAACCACAUUCACCCCCGGGACUCCUGCCCGCCCGUCCGCCUUCAUCACCGACCGAACCGGCCUCGCCGAAGUAAGCCACGUCCGGCGCCGACGCCGCUGCCGCAAGCUAGCCAUCAUGCCGGACAACACCCCGAGAAGCUGGUUCGCCGUUCCGGCCCCCGUCGCCGCCCUCUUCCGACGCUUCCCCCUCGCCGUCUACCCUGCCAACGACCUACCCCUCCGCAGUCCCUCCCGCGGCGACACGCCAACACUAUACGUCUUCAUCGCGGACGACGAUGCCCCGAGGGGCCGACCGAGCUUCAACCCCUCGUGUCUAAAGUGGCAGACCUUUCUCAAAAUCGCCGGCGUAGACUUCCACAUCGCCCCCUCAACAAACCACGCUUCCCCCUCCGGCGCCCUCCCCUACCUCCUCCCGCCCUCCCCUCUCCGCCCCAUCGCCGGCGCCUCGAAACUCGAAUCCUACGCCCUAGAAAACACAACCCUCAAGAGGCUGCCCGUGCUCUCCUCCUCCUUCUCGACCUCCUCCACGCCCGACGCGGAGCUCAAGGCGCGCGAGCAAGCCUACCAGUCCUUGCUGGAUCACCGCCUCCGCGCCGCCUGGCUACACGCCCUCUACCUCGCCCCCGCGAACGCGGACCUCCUGUCGCGGCUCUACAUCGAGCCGGCGUCCAAGAACCCCGUCGUCAGGCUGACGCUCGCGCACCAGGUCCGCGCGGCGGCCGAGGCCGAGGUGUUGAAGGUGACGAGGAGCGCGGUGGUGGAUGUGGAGAGGGUACACGCUGACGCGCGCGCCGCGUUUGAGGCUCUUGCUGCGUUGCUGGAGGAGAACGGCAGCAGUCGUAGUAGAAGUACCUCGGAAAAGGGGGGAGAGGGUGGUGGUGGUGGCGGUGAGUGGUUCUUUGGCUGCGAGGGCCCGACGCUGUUUGACGCGUCUGUCUUCUCGUACACGCAGCUGCUGCUCGACGAGGAGUUUGGGUGGGUGGACGCGUCGCUGUCGGAGAUUCUGCGCGAGUUCCCUGCCCUGGUGAGGCAUCGCGAGAGGUUGCUGGAGAGGUGCUUUCCUGAUAGCGAGGAGGGGGUCUUGGUAUGAUGAAAGCAAAGUAAACAGCUGCUUCAGAGCGAGACAAGGAGGGAAAAGCAAAGCGGAAAGGGCCGGAGGCUACCGGCUCAUUUGCCGUAUAAGACGAUCGGAAUAGACAUCCGCCUAUAAGUGACGGAAUAAUAAAUCAUCAGUAUGGC